UAAACCUUCCGAAUCCACCAGCCCUUAGCCUAAUUGUUCUCUCACCUCCAUCUUCUUCUCUUCUGAUAUCUCUCCAUAGAACCACUCUUUCAAGGCGCUCUCCCUGCCACCUCUGGCGGCCAAGGGCGCGCUGUUCUUCGCAUCACCUACUUCUGCUCUCUCUCUCUCUCUCUCUCUCUCUCUCUCUCUCUCUCUCGUUUCUUCAAGGAGAUGAGUUGGUCGUCGAGUGAUAAUUUUUUUGUGAAUGCAAAAUUCGAAGUCUUCUCAGUAGACCUCUUCUCUGAACCAUUAGAAUUGACACAAAGCAAAGCUGCCAUCUACGAUGGGCCGAAAGGUGAUGAUUUCAAGAGGUUCUUGCGUUCUAAGAACUUUCGCAUAAACCGUCAGGGAAAGGUUAUAGUACGCAUCCAAAAGCGUGAUGACGAUGGUGAAUUCCUUGAAAGUCAGUAUGAUAACUUCGUUCUAGAAACGGUGGUGCCGUUGGGCCCUUUCGAUUUCCAGAACGUACCAUUGCUAAAGCCGCAAUUGGUGAACGAAUUGCAAAGCCUCCUAGACAAUACCAAGGCUGAAUUGGUGAAGAAGAAUGAUGAGCUUAAUAAAUUGCAAAGCCUCUUGGACAAUACCAAAGCUGAAUUGGCAAAGCAGAAUGAUGCAUUUGAUGAAUUGCGAAGCCUUCUGGACAAUACCAAAGCUGUAUUGGUGAAGAAGAAUGAUGCACUUAAUGAAUUAAUGAAGCGGAAGAUUGAGCAGGAUUGGAAUCCUGAACAGUUCCGACUAACUAUCAUUGCGAUCACAAACUCAAUGAAGAAAGUGUUUCUUGACUUUGGUCUUGAACCACCAGCAAGUGAAGAUCCAGAAUUUGUGCUAAGAAUGUUACAUGAUCUGAUCCUUCAUAAAGAAUUCGGUGCCACUUUCUUAGUCGUUGCGAACAGAGUACUGGCCUCAAUUGGCAGUAUAUUUGAGAAACAAAGUGGCUUAAGCAUUGGCUUGGAUACGACGACUAGUACUCCAGCCCGUCUCAUUGAUAGUCUAUUUACCUUAAAAUGUUUUAUGGAUUCUCAUUUCUUUAUUGAUGGCAGUGUUAUAGUCAAGGAUUUCCGUCUGAUGAACGAGGAUGACCUCCCGGCUAUCUUUCGGGAUUCUGCAGCAGAUGUGGCUGAGCUUAAGCAGAAGAAGAUAGGUACAAAAUCAAUUGAUAACAUCGAUGGAAACUCCAUCUUCUACGGGUAUUUCAACAUUCCGAUGGUAGGGAUGUUCAAGGGUGUUUUGACGAGAGUUCAUGUGAACCUGCCAGAUGAGAUCAUGGUGAAACUUCGAGUUAGUGGAAAACAUAACCUUGAAGAGAAAAGGUUUUGGUUUGUCUAUGCCAACGGGUCAGCCAUAUUUCAAAAGGAUCCUGGUGAAUUCUCAGACGAUCUACAAGUUGUCAAAUUCACCCCUUCCCGGGUCUUAGGUGAACGAACCAACUUCUUUGAGUUUCUACGUAGGAUGAAUCGAACCUUCGUUAACGAGAAGGGGACAUAUCUCAAGUUUGAGUUUAAAACUGUCAAUUUCUCAGAACCGAAGUAUGUGUUCUAUGAUUCAAUUGGCUACAUUGAUAAGGAUUUUAUAAUGUCUGAUCCUUUUAAGUUGGUGCAAUUUGAUACAAAUGCACGCCCAACAGAUAUUGAAUCACGCCGAGUUUUACUACCUAGCGGUGGGGGACGUACACUUUCAUCUAAUGCCUCAGACUGGAUUGUAAAUGGAGCUUUGGGCAACGACUGUGCUUUCACCUUCAAAGAUUUUUGUUUUAUUGGGAAGAUAACAAGAGUCUUUGAUACUUUCCGUGACAAUGCUUUGGUAACCAUCUUCUUCGAGCAAAGCCAACACGGGGAAAGGUGUUAUGUGGAUGCUCUAGCAACAACUUUCUUUCUUUUGAAUAAAGAGGAAAUACCACUGUAUAAAACUAAUGGUAAGGUGGCUCCCAAAUUUAUUUUAUAGGACCGUAUCAAUCAAUAUUGGGUUACCUUGUGGAGUCUUUGACAAUGUAUAGCCUGUGGGUACUAUCUUAUCAUUUCCUUGUAUAAAUCAAUAUAUGUC